AUGGCUGUGUUUGGACACGUAUUCCCCUUCUAUGCUGACCCCAAGCCAACCUUCCCAAUGGACACCGCCCUGGCAGUCAUCAUCACUAUCUUUCUGACUGCACUAGUCACCUUUAUCAUCAUCCUGCCUGGCAUUCGGGGCAAGACGAGGCUGUUCUGGCUGCUGCGGGUGGUGACCAGCUUAUUCAUCGGGGCUGUGAUCCUGGCUGUGACUUUCAGUUCUGAGUGGUCUGUAGGCCAGGUCAGCACCAACACAACAUACAAAGCCUUCAGUCCAGAGUGGAUCAGCGCUGACAUUGGGCUGCAAGUCGGGCUAGGAGGAGUCAACAUCACACUCACAGGGACCCCAGUGCAGCAACUGAAUGAGACCAUCAAUUAUAAUGAGAGGUUCACCUGGCGCUUGGGUGAGAACUAUGCUGAGGAGUAUGCAAAGGCACUGGAGAGGGGGCUGCCAGAUCCUGUGCUCUACCUUGCUGAGAAGUUCACUCCUCGCAGCCCAUGUGGCCUGUACCACCGGUACCGCCUGGCAGGACACUAUGCUUCAGCCAUGCUGUGGGUGGCAUUCCUCUGCUGGCUACUGACCAAUGUGAUGCUGUCCAUGCCUGUGCUGGUAUAUGGUGGGCACAUGCUGCUGGCCACAGGCAUCUUCCAGCUGUUGGCCCUGCUCUUCUUCUCCACGGUCACAUCACUCACCCCACCUUGUCCCAUGCACCUGGGCACUGCUGUGCUGCAUACUCACCACGGGCCUGCAUUCUGGAUCACACUGACCACAGGACUGCUGUGUGUGCUGCUGGGCCUGGUCAUGGCAGUGGCUCACAGGAUGCAGCCCCACAGGCUGAAGGUUUUCUUCAACCAGAGUGCAGAGGAGGACCAUAUGCUGGAGUGGAGUCCUGAGGAAGGAGGGCUCCUGAGCCCCCGAUACAGGUCCAUGGCAGAGAGUCCUGAGCCCCAGGACAUUCCUCUGUCAGAGGCUUCCUCUGAGGCAUGCUGUAAGGAGGAGCACCCUGGAGAGACUAACUGUGCCUUAUAAGUCUCCUCUUCCCUGGCGGCCACCUGGAUUUCCAA